AUGUUAAACCAGUCCAUCACUUGCAAAGACGGUCUCAUCCUACCGGCACUUUCGGUCUCAACUGGACAUGCAGCUCUAUACCUUUUUGGUCUACUUUACAGCUUUCUGGGUAUUUCCAUAGCGGCCGAUGUUUUCAUGUGUUCCAUUGAAAAGAUCACCAGUGCUACGAGAAAAGUCAAGAAAAGCCGCGACAAGGGGGUCUUAAUGGUUGGCAACGUGUCAGAAGAAGACGAUUAUGAAGAAGUGAAAGUCUGGAAUCCUACUGUAGCGAAUCUGACCCUAAUGGCACUUGGAAGCAGUGCGCCAGAGAUUCUUCUGUCUAUCAUUGAAAUCGUGGGACACGGUUUUCGUUCAGGCGAACUCGGCCCCGGAACAAUUGUUGGCCUGCAGCCAUUUCAACCUGUCUCUGAUUAUCGGCCAUCUGUGUGA